AUGGAGCCCGACCCCGAGCCCGCCGGGGCUGUGGAGGUCCCCGCGGGGCGCGUGCUCAGCGCCCGGGAACUCGUCGCCGCCCGCGCGCGGCCCCAGAAGCUGCCCCAGCGGUCACAUGGCCCCAAGGACUUUCUCCCCGACGGCUCGGCCGCCCAGGCCGAGCGCCUGCAGCGGUGUCGCGAGGAGCUGUGGCAGCUGCUGGCCGAGGAGCGCGUGGAACGCCUGGGCAGCCUGGUGGCCGCCGAGUGGAGACCGGAAGAGGGCUUCGUGGAGUUAAAGUCUCCUGCGGGCAAGUUCUGGCAGACCAUGGGCUACUCCGAGCAGGGCCAGCAGCGGCUGCACCCCGAAGAAGCCUUGUAUCUGCUGGAGUGUGGCUCCAUCCAGCUCUUCCACCAAGACGUGCCGCUCUCCAUCCAGGAAGCUUACCAGCUGCUGCUGGCCCACGACGCUGCCGCUUUCCCCAAGUACCAGGUCUUCAGCCACCUGAAACGACUGGGCUAUGUGGUUCGUCGAUUCCAUGCAAGCUCUGUCCUGUCCCCUUACGAGAGGCAGCUGAAUUUGGACGGCAGCACCCAGCACUUGGAGGAUGGUACUGGCAAGAGGAAGAGGAGGAACUCCAGCCCUUGGUCUGUAAAUAAGAAGGCCAAGGCCCCAGAAGACGCCCUGCGCCCUGAGAACCUGGCAGCCUCCGGCCCACACCCCGAGGAGAAAGCCCAAGAAUCGUUCCCCGGAAAGGACCUGGCAGGCCCCUUGCCUCUGCUGGGGUCCCUGGAGCCCUUCCCUCACCUGGCCAAGGAAGGAGUGGGCCGCAGCAGCGACACAGAGAAUGGGGUCACGGCACCAGCUAAGUCACGCUGGGACUUCGAGCAGAUCUCCUUCCCCAACAUGGCCCCUGACAGCCGCCAUACCCUCCUGGCGGCCCCAGCCCCAGAGCUGCUCCCCGCCAAUGUCGCCGGGCGGGACACAGAUGCAGGCUCCUGGUGCCAGAAACUGAACCAGCGGAAGGAGAAGCUAUCGCGGAGGGAACGGGAGCAGGAGGUGGAGGCCCGGCACUUCCGGAAAGAUGUGAACUCGGACCCGGAGGUGCGGCGCUGCUCUGGCUGGCGGGAAUACAAGGAGCUGCUGCAGAGGAGGCACCUGCAGGAGAGCCAGGGCCCCGCCCCCCACCUGUGGGACCAGCCCAUCACCCCCCUGCUGAGCCCCAGCCAAGCCGACUCCCCAGCGGCUGUCCUGGACCGCAUCUCUGUGCUUCAGACCACACACCUGGCUGACGGGGCUGCACGGCUGCCGGGAAAGUGUGGAGGCCUGGAGAUAAGCUUUGACGUCUACCAGGCUGAUGCCGUGGCCACAUUCCGCAAGAACAGCCCUGGUCGACCCUACGUCCGGAUGUGCGUGAGUGGGUUUGACGAGCCUGUCCCAGACCUGUGCAGCCUCAAGCGCCUGUCCUACCAGAGUGGGGACGUCCCUCUGAUCUUCGCGCUGGGCGAUCACGGCGACAUCUCCUUCUACAGCUUCAGGGACUUCACCUUGCCCAGGGACCUUGAGCACUGAACGCAGGGUGCUGGGAGGGGAACCCCGCCUGUCUGUUCUCAGGGAUUCAGCUGCCUCCUGUGCCCCGGCUCUGCCAGUAGCCCCAUCCUCCCUGGCCUGGCUACCUGCCGCCAACUGCCCACCUGAGACUGCUGCCUUGCAGGGUCCUCCCCUUGUAACUCGCCUGGACCUCAGACCCAGGAGUGGGAGGCGGGAGAGAGGACUCUGCCUCAAAUGAGAGGGUGCCUGCUUCCUGCCAUAAAGCCAAAGCCAUUAAAACAC